UGGGGCAUGGAGUAUCCUGCCUGGCCUCGCAAACCCUAACACCCAGCCUCGCGAGCCAUCGCCAUGGCUGCCACCCUCCCCAGCUGGAUGAUGCUAGAGCGCUACGUUUUCCGGAGGGACGACCCAGAGUCCUUCCCCGGCGACGAGGCGGCGCCCUUCACGGCCUCCUCCUGCACCUCCCAGGGCGACCCUUUCCGCGUCGCCUUCCUCAUCGCCGCGCCGCCGGCCAUCUCCCGCCUCUACGUGCAGUGACCGGGCCCGGGCGGCCUCGACCUCGUGGCGGCCCAUCGUGACCUCGUCCUCCUCAGGCUCCCGCAUCUGCAGCAGGACUACUUCAUCUGCAGACUGCAGAGCGUCCUCCUCGCUGCUGCUCAAACGGAUCCCCAUGUGUACGGAACCAGUAUUGGUACGUGUGAAGAAGAACGGGAAGGAGUUGCAGAACCAGUAUUGGACCUAUUGGUACAUAACAAGUGGGAUGUUAUGCAGAACCUACAGAUCCACUAUCGUGAGGAGGAAUUGCUGGAUUUGCUAUACUGGAAAACUGACACGGUGAUCCCCCUUCAGCAACUUCUUGUGCUGGGUCAAUUACGACCGAGGAGGAAUUCACUUCUGCGAUGUGUUCGAAGAAAUGCCCAAGCUAGUUUACCUCCGGCUGCCCAUUACCAAUCGUCCUCGUGAUACAUCGGCACGCCCAUUCUUUGACACGAAGCGCAGCGUGUGCGUUACUGAAGCUGGCCUAAAGUUUGUCGAUGUUUCCUGUGAAGACGGUGAGCUUUCGGGCCCAAUGGAACUUGGUACUGGUUUCACCAUCACCUGCCACACAUUGAAGAUAUCAGAGAGCGGCGACAUGAAGUGGGACAAGGAUUUCUCCAUCACGUCCAAGGAUUUGUGGGCUUGCAACAGCUCCGAUCUCCUUCCACGCAGUGCUCUGAUGUACCCUCUUGUGAGUAUGGACAGGCCCCAUUUGGUACAUUUUCUGUUGGCUGAUCAGUCUUGGGAUGGAAUCUACAAUGUUUCCACUGUAUCUAUUGACGACGAGUCCAGGGAUGAUGAAAUCGACAAGGUUUUCAGUGUAUCUAUUGAUAUGACUGCCAAGGCAGUGGUGUCUAUCCUUCCUUAUAUUGAAGAGAUCUCCGUGGCAAAGAUGCUGACAUGGUCGACUUCAGGUCCCACCUUCUCCAGCCCUUUCUCCCCUCUAAGUUCCCCAACUUCUUGAAUGAAUCAUUAUGAGUUCCAUCUUUUCAAGCUGAACUGAAAUUUGAUAUAUAUUCAGAUGGGAAUUAGACUAGGAAUUUUUUUGAGUAUUGUUACUUCAAAUAAUAUAAUUUUCUAAUUCUGGUUAACUCAUGUUUAGUAGAGUGGCAUCAUAUAUCCUUGAUUAGACUGUUCGGUCCGUUGAAUAUUGGUGCUAGUACUCUUAUCGAUGUUGGUUGAUUACUUUGUUGAUUGUGUUCUGCGUGCAUGUAGCCUUAGCAUUGCGGCUCGAAAUUAUGUGAAAACCUUCAUUGGUUUUUUUUUUUGACAAUCAAUACCACAUAUGUGAAAGCCUUCAUUGGUAUUUACAAGUGUGUGGUUCAGAAUAUAUAUCAUCUUUCUAGGGCUGUCUUUAGAAAAAUAUGGGUAUUGAAAGAAAAUAGAGUUUGGAGUCGCGAAAAUUUGCCUUUUUUUGUUCAGACUUCAUUUUAUAAUCGCUGGAGUUCAUGUAUCUCUACCACGUACUAUUUUCUCUGCAUCGACUAAUGCAUACAACAUUUAUUAAUAAAAGCUAGCCAAGCCCGACAAAAGUAGCUAUACAAAAAGAAAAGAAAAAACAAGCCCGAGGCAUCAUGCCUCGCGGCAAUACCUCCAGACUACGACCAACCAUACAAUAAAAGGAAAAAAAUAUAUACACAUCUCCUAAGAAGGAAUUGUCGUAUGUGCAUCAAUGAUGACGAGCUCAACUAUAGGUUGAUCUUGAAAUUUUUAUCUCCAAACCCGAGUUUCGAGCCACCACCUUCAACAAGGGCGCGAUGCAGGUAGACGUUGACAUUGCCCGAUUAUAAUCAACUGUUUUCACAUGUGAGUGUGUAAUAUUGAUGUUCUACUUAUACCAUCAUCACUUGUCCCGCUAGCAGCUUCUCACUAACCGGAUGCCACUGGAGGAAAAACUGGUAGACUAUUAGGUCCCAUGCCGCCACGCCUCCAUCCAUUGUCAUGACUUGAGGUCACCAGAAGAGAGGCCAUGCGUAGCACCUACCAAGACCAGGCAUGACUUGACGCCUCCUCAUGAGAUGUCGUCCAUAUCCACCACCGGCCAGACAUGGCUUGACACCUCCACGGUGGAUGUCGUGUGUAGCACCCGUUGAGUUGAAUCGAACCCAACCUCGAAGUGGAGGGGGCCGCCACCGGCCUUCAAACUCCGCGGUCUCUGAAGUGGGGUCUACCACCAUUGGCCUCCACACAUGAAGCUUGAGACCAUAACCAAGACGAAGAUCAAGGGCGGACCCAGACCAAAUGUUCAGUGGGGGAAAUUUAGUUGAGUGGGGGCAGUUUUAGUGCAAAUUCUAAUUUUUUGCAACUUUUCCUUCAAAUGCAAACAAAUAACACUGAAAUUUAAAAAUUUUAGUGGGGGCCACUGCCCCCACUCACCUCUACAUGGGUCCGCCCCUGACGAAGAUCCGACUGCCGCAUCAUCCACAUGACCACAAUGCAUCGUCAUCGAAGUGCCAGGGUUGCUUCCCUAGUUCCAAUCUCCUACGCCACCAUCGGCUGACGUCUUACCGAGCGUGUCGCCGCCAGAUCACCACUGCUAGAACGACUUCCGGCUACAGCGCUACCAUGCAGCACCGCGGUAGUUAGCCUCGUUUUCCCCGUUGCAGACUGCUGAGAGCGGAGUUGAUGAAGGAGUAUUUAUGCGCAACGUUGAGUGGAACUCCAAGAGGAAGGUAUGAUGAGCACAGCAGGAAGUUUUUCCCUCAGUAAGAAACCAAGGUUUAUCGACCAGUAGGAGAAAAACGUUCUCUCCCGAGGUGUUGCGAACCAACUCGUGGCAGGGCGCACUGCCGGCGUCAACAACAACGUUGAGACCUGCACACAAACAACCAAGUACUUUGUCCCCAACUUUUAGCGAGGUUGUCAAGCUCACUGGUUCUGCUGAAAACAAAGGAUUAAACGAACCGUGUGGAAAAAGAAUUGUUUGCAGAGAUCAGAACAGAAAAAUGUUGUAGAAGAUUGCAAUUAAAAGAAGAAGGACCGGGGUCCACAAUUCACUAGAGGCGCCUCCCCAAUAAAAUAAAUAUGCUGGGUAAACAAACUACAUAUGGGCAAUUGACAAACAGAGAUUCUACGCUAAUGGUUGGUGCAGAAUACAUGCUAUGAAAGUAUGCGGGCAUUACAACAAUAUACAUAGACCGUAAUCCAACUGCAUCUAUGACUAAUAAUCCACCUUCAGGAUUGCAUCCGCGACACCCGCCAGUAUUAAGUUGCAAGCAACGAACUAUCACUUUAAGCAAUGUGUGUAAAGUAAACGAUGAAACUACCCUUGAAUAGAACAUCGUUGUUUUCUCCCUAGUAGCAACAACACAUCUACAACCGUAGAAAACGAGGUCACUUCCCAUGGUUAAAUAGAAGCAUGAACCAACUAUCGAGCAUAAAUACUCCCUCUUGGAGUCGCUAGCAUCUACUUGACCAGAGCAUCUACCAGAAACAGAGAGCAUGCAAGAUCAUAAUAACAUAAAAUACAUAAUCUCAACCAAAGCAAUCUCUCUAUAAAUCGGAUCCACAUCAAACCAACAUGUAGCAAUUACAAAUAGAUGAUCUUGAUCAUGUUAGGUAGCUCACAAGAUCUAUACAUGAAGCACAACAAGGAGAGGACAUCCAUCUAGCUACUGCUAUGGACCCAUGGUCCCGUGGAGAACUACUCACGCAUCACCUCAGAUGAAGACAUGGCGAUGUAGAGGCCUCCGGCGGUGAUUUCCCUCUCCGGCAGGGUGCCGGGAUGGACUGCAGAACCCUCCCGAACUUGGGUUUCGGUUGACGGCGGCGUCGGAACUUUUCGUGGAUGGAGGCUCUGGUCCCUGGGGUUUUCCCGAUACGAGGAAUAAAUAGGCAGAAGGGCGGAGCAAACGAGGCGACGAGGCGCCAGCACAUGGGCCAGGCGCGACCAAGGGUGGGGUCGCGCCUGCCCUAUGUACUGCCACGUGGUAGCUCUCCUGCGCGUGUCCUUCUGACUCUGUCUUCGUCCCGGAAAAAUAAGACUGGCUUUUGUUUCGUCCAAUUCCGAGAAACUUUCAUGUACAACUUUUCUGAAUGCGUUAAUAGGUCAGUCCCAGAAAAUGCUAAAAAGUGUGGAAAAGUGCACAUAAAACAUAUAACAAUUGCAACAAAACAAGCAUGGAGCAUCAAAAAUUAUAGAUACGUUUGAGACGUAUCACAGACCUCUACAAGGUCUGCACCGUAGGCCAUAUAGCCUCAUGAAUUAGGUCAUAGAUGUCUCAGCACCACCGGUAGCAGCCCUCAUAGUAGAGUUCGCCUAGCCACCACCAUUCCGGUGCCGUCAAGGGUCAGGGUUAGGGUCCAACUUCUCCUCGCACAUCUGUCUAGGGUCGGCCACCGCACUCAAUCCUGAGGUCCCCUGCUGUUGUAAACGCGACAACCAAAUAACGAAGAACGAAAAGGAAAUCGCAGCGGAGACACAAGAUUUAACGUGGAAAACCCCUCCAACACAGUGGGGGGAAAAACCACGGGCGCCAGCCAGCAAAUACUUCACUAUAUCGGGGAGUGUUUACAAACUCCAUGGGUUAUCUCAUAAUAUGAUAAACCCUAGCCGGCGGCUUACAAGAGGUAUAUAUAAGCGGUGACAUCGAUCCGCUACGAUUCGGCCCAAGGACUAAAUGUCAUCCAGUUGAGUGUAAAGGUAACACCCAGAUUGUCAGGCCGAUGACGAGAUCUGAGUGACAACCUAUGUUAGAUGCAGCGAUUAACGUGUUCCAGCUUGGCUUAGGUGCAUGACUGUCAGAGCAGGGAAAUUAACAUUGAUUAAAUCCGUGCUGAUGGCGAGGCCGGUACAUCAACUGCUUGUCGCUGAUGCUCCAAUUUUCCGUUUUGAGGAGAUAGGUAAAAGUCUGAGAGCUUUUUUUUGGCCCGGAAAGAAGGUGCAAGGAGGACAAUGCCUGCUAUCUUGGAACAGUAUAAGCAAAACUCAUUGUUUUGAUGGCCUGGGAGUAGAAAACUUGAGACUACAAGGCCUGGCACUGAGAGUGAGGUGGGAGUGGCCCAGAAGGAGAAAAGACCUUGGCAGGGCCUCCCGAUGCUUAAGGACACUGGAGCACGAAGUUUAAACGGACCGAACAACGGUGUUUUGUUCUUCCGCCGCACUGACUUCACAUGAGAGAUACUAGACUAGAAAGAAAGAUGCAUGUAUAUGACCAUCCAAAUAGGCUGGCAGGUGAUUAUAAAAGCAAAGGUUGCAAGCUCUUCUGUCUGCUCGUUGGGUCUCUUGUCUUUUUAGCCAAGGUUGCAAGCUAUGAUGCUGAGUUGUUGCUUUGCUUCAGACAAUUCAAACAAUGGUCGUCUGUCUUUGCAGAACUGGACAAGAAUAUUAACUAGGUACAGGCCUAUGUUUGCCAAGCUCCAAAUUACUUGUCGAAUACUUCUGUCAUUUUUUUGUCUCUAGUAAUAAAGCAGUAGUAGAAUUUGCAGUCACAAACACACAUGUAUUUGUGCACUUCAAAGGAAAUUCAAAAAAUUCUUACGUCAUUCAUGACAUUAGCUAAGUAUUAUGUACUCAAGUUAAUUGGGAACAUACGUUAGUAUAUAUGUGCAUGUAAUACCCUUCGUCCAUUAAUGACAGUAGACAUGUAUUUCGUACUCACCUCAUUUAAUACUCUGCGUCCAUUAAUGACAGUAUGUGUCAUCAACCGGCCACACUACUGACUACACUUACCCGUAAUAGUUUUUGCUUCCUAAAUAGGCACAUGUCGAGGUUUGACGAGUGUCUUAAGGCCAAUUAGCGAUGUGGGCUCAGUGGCAUACUAUUCUAUACUAGUACAAGCAUCGCUGGAUCACGGAGACCAUAGCUGGAGAGCACAUAUAAGAGCCAUCAUGGUCAUGAGAAAAAGCACCAAUGGUCGUAACUCCCCAAUGUCACCCUUUCCCAUGCUGUGAGACAACAACAUCAAUAUUAAUCUAGGUCACCCCCGGAGGGGACGUAAUCUAUUUUGCCGCACCAUCAAUCUUGCCAGGGUAGCCGCCACGACAGGUCAUGGCGAUGGCUUCUUGGGUGAACUUAGGUUUACCAUAUAAACUGUGACUAAAUUUGUUCCACCACUUGCCACACCCAGGUGGACCAUUGGGACUUUAUCCAGAAAUUAUUGAUGGGCCUAGCCCACAAUAGUUCAUACACCCUGGGAGGUCAAUUUAUUGGACAUCUAGCCAAAAAUAUAUUUAGUAUCUAUAAGCUUAAACGGACCGAACACCGUGUUUUUUUCUUCCGCCACACUGACUUCACAUGAGAGAUACUAGACUAGAAAGAAAGGAGUGGUUGUCGUUGUAUGAACAGUAAUGAGCACAUGUGGAAACAAAAGCUGCAUAUAUAUGACCAUCCAAAUUAGUUGGCAGAUGGUUAAAAAGCAAAGGUUGCAAGCUCUCCUGUCCGCUCGUUGGUUCUCUUGUCUUUUUAGCCAAGGUUGCAAGCUAAGAUGCCAGCUCGUUGAUUUGCUUUGCUUCAGACAAAUCCACCAACCGUCUCCUGUGUUUGCACAAUUGGACAAGAUUAUUUACUAGGUACAGGUCUAUGUUUGCCAAGCUUCAAAUACUCGCCGAAUACUCCUGGCAUUUCUUUUGUCUCUAGUAGUAAAGCAGUAGUAGAAUUUGCAAACAUGUAUUCGUGCACUUCAAAGAAAUUUUUAAAAAUUAUUACAUCAUUCAUGACAAUAGAUACUCAAGUUAAUUGGGAACACACGUUUGUAUACGUGUGCAUGCAAUACCCUAUGUCCAUUGAUGACAGUAGACACGUAUUUUGCAAUAAACCGAUUUUUUUCUAAUGAUAAAUUAAGGAGAUCUCUUCGUUAAAUCACUGUGGAAGACAGGUUUAUCUUUAGUCCCAUUCACUGUCUCACUUUGCAAGAUUCAAAAUCAUAUGUACUCCCUCUGGUCGGAUUUAAUUCACGCCGGAGGGGUACAUACGAGGCGAGAGUUCGAAGCAACGGCGCGUCAAUCAAAUCAGUCCCGAGGUAGUACUUUCUUGUGAGGUGAAUAUGUGUGUUUGUAGCUCUUAUUCGGUCACCAUGAUGUCUACCAUGAUAUGUUCAUAAUGUUGAAUGAACCAUGACAAUUUACCUAUUAUUUUUGCAGUGUUCGUAAAUAAUAGAUAAUGUGCUAUUGAUGAAUUUAAAUGUGUGAAUAGAAUUAGAAAAGCUUCUCUCAGCCGUAGUUGAUAUUGUACGGACAUUUCAAUUUGUCGCUUAUGCCGUUCAAGUACUGCCUUAUUUAAAACAGGAACCGAUUACAACCCACAACAAUCUAGCUACCUUGUUAUUGAUUGCAUCACAAGAUCGACGUGUCGGGACAAGACACAACAUUGGGAUCGUACCGCCGCCAUGGGAUUGGCACCCCGUCCUGAUUUCUCUAGGACAAAAUAAGCCCAUAAUAUGAGCCCGGAACUGAAUUAGUUGGGUGCCACAAAAUUCCUGUGUUUUCUCUAGCUGCCUCAUUCUUUGAUACUCGUCAUGUCGUAACAAGACAUGGUAAUCACUUCAUCUAUAAUAUUUCAUAUUUUUUUAUCUCUCAAUAUUUUUAUCACAUUAUACUAAUCGACGACUCUUAAUUAGUUUGAAAUGUUAUAGCACAGCCAUAAAUAUAUAGUAAUAUCUAACCAUUCACAAUAUUAAGCACAUACAUAUGUUUCAUGUCUAUGCUACUAUUGUUAUGUUGACACGCCUUGGGAGGUGGAGCAUGUGUUCUUCAGAUUUAAAUGCAUAAUAAAACUACCUCUUAGCUGUAAAUAAAUGAAUAAAGCUACUACACAAGGUAUCCAAUGAAAAGUAUAACUUGGUCUAGACAGUAAAAUUAAGUACUCCAAAUGAAAAUAAACGGUAUCCGAUAAAACUUCCCCUACACUGUUUAAGCAUCAAUCAUAUUAAGUAGAAACAUUUAAUACAAUCAAUGGGUUUAAGACUUAAAAGUUAUGGAAUUGAACUCUUCCUACGCCCUGUCAAUCAUAUAACUUAUUGCGCAAAUUUUUUUUCUAAUAUUUGAUAGGUAAAUAAAAGGUAUCCAAUGAAACUAUGCUUACUUUUGACCAGUCAAAUAGACUAAGGGCCAAAAUGAUUUAGAAUUAAUUCUAAACUUGGCAUUUCUCAAUGAGAAAGGGGUGUGCUAUGACAAAAAUAAUAAAUGGGAGCAAUAAAUAGCAGGAAGAGGAUAGCUGUCCACUUCCAACCUGCGGUGUGUGUGUGUGUGUAAGUUGGGUGGCUUGGGAGUCCAAUUCCCCUAUAUAUACCACACCCGGUCAGUCCCAAUCACCAUCCAUUCCUACUGUUCCCGCAUCACCCCUCCUCUCCUCACUUACUUCCUGCUCGCUAGCUCGAGUCGACCCUUCAGGUAGCCAUGGCAGCCACGAUGAAGCUCAGCACCCUUGGUUAUGCAGCCAGCAUGUUAAGCACGGGUUUGUUCGACGAGCAGUUCCAGAAGUUUCUUCUGCUCCAGAAGAGCGACCCGAACUUCGUUACCGAGAGCAUCACCAUGUUCUGCGAGGACGGCGAGCAGACCAUUGGCGAGCUCACCAAGCAGCUGGGCAAGCAAUGCGUGAACUUCGACGAGGUAGCUGCUUUUGUGCAUAAGCUUGAGGGCAGCAGUGCAAGUGUUGGUGCUCAGAGAGUGAAGAAUACCUGCAUUCAGUUCCUUAAGUUUUGUAAGGAGAAGAACAGAGAUGGGUGCCUGAAGACACUGGAUACUCUGAGGGUUGUUUUCUAUGAAGUGAGCAACAUGUUUCAGGUUAUGCUUCAGAUGGAGCAGCAGCAAGCUGAAGCAACAAAGUGAGAGCAACAUGUUGUGACUGGCACUACUGCCUUUGAAGUCGGAGAACAACAUUUGCUUCUUUGAGGUCGCCUAAAGCUGCUUAUCGGCAAACUGGUCAUUUAGCGUCGCCGAUAUCUGUGUUACUAUCGGCAGUGUCAUUUUUAAUUCUCAGUGGUCAAAUAAAAAUCAUCCGCCGUUGUUUUGCGGAUCGUCAGUGGUUAAUCUGGCUGCUCAGUUCUGGCAAGCCAGUUUCGGUCGUAGGAGUGCAGAAGCAGUGUAAUGUUGACAGUCAUGCGUCGUCGGUCAGUGUAUCGGUUGUGGUUGUUUGUUGUGGAGAACAUUGUGGUGUUAUUCUAAUUUCAAGUUAUGUUGUGUU